GACUGGAAGAAAAAUGCUCCGAGGCAGAUCCCUGUCUGUGACAUCCUUGAGUGGGCUUCCUCAGUGGGAAGUGGAAGAACUUCCAGUGGACGACCUACUGCUGUUUGAGAUCUCCUGGGAAGUGACCAAUAAAGUUGGAGGCAUCUGUACUGUGAUUCAGACGAAGGCAAAAAUAACAGCCAAUGAAUGGGGAGACAAUUAUUUUCUGAUAGGUCCAUAUUUUGAACAUAACAUGAAGACCCAGGUGGAACAGUGUGAGCCUGCAAAUGAUGCUGUAAGAAUAGCGGUGGACACAAUGAACAAGCAUGGCUGCCAGGUGCAUUUUGGGAGAUGGCUGAUUGAAGGAAGUCCUUACGUGGUGCUCUUUGACAUCAACUACUCAGCCUGUAAUCUGGACCGGUGGAAGGGUGACUUCUGGGAUGCAUGCAGUGUUGGUAUUCCUUAUCAUGACCGAGAAGCCAAUGAUAUGCUGAUAUUUGGAUCUUUAACUGCCUGGUUCUUAAAAGAGGUGACAGAUCACGCAGACGGCAAGCAUGUCAUCACCCACUUCCAUGAAUGGCAGGCAGGGACUGGACUAAUCCUUUCUCGAGCGCGCAAACUUCCCAUCGCCACGAUAUUUACCACACAUGCCACACUGCUUGGACGCUAUCUCUGUGCAGCAAACAUUGAUUUCUACAACCAGCUCGAUAAGUUCAACAUAGACAAAGAGGCUGGGGAGAGGCAGAUCUACCACCGGUACUGCAUGGAAAGGGCGUCUGUGCACUGUGCGCACACAUUCACCACAGUGUCUGAAAUUACAGCCAUAGAGGCAGAACAUAUGCUCAAGAGGAAGCCUGAUGUAAUUACUCCGAAUGGAUUGAACGUUAAGAAAUUUUCAGCUGUUCACGAGUUUCAAAAUCUCCAUGCCAUGAAUAAAGCGAGGAUCCAAGAUUUUGUUCGAGGCCAUUUCUAUGGUCACCUCGAUUUUGAUCUUGAAAAGACUCUGUUUUUCUUCAUUGCUGGGAGGUAUGAGUUCUCAAACAAAGGAGCUGACAUUUUUCUAGAAUCCUUAUCCAGGCUAAAUUUCCUGCUAAGGAUGCACAAGAGUGACGUCACGGUCGUGGUGUUUUUCAUUAUGCCUGCCAAGACAAAUAAUUUCAAUGUGGAAACCCUGAAAGGACAGGCAGUGCGAAAACAGCUAUGGGACACUGUGCAUUCAAUGAAGGAAAAGUUUGGAAAGAAACUGUAUGAUGCAUUAUUAAGAGGAGAAGUUCCUGACAUGGAUAACAUUUUAGAUCGAGAUGAUCUAACAAUUAUGAAAAGAGCCAUCUUUUCAACUCAGCGACAGUCUUUGCCUCCAGUGACCACUCACAACAUGAUUGACGACUCAACCGACCCCAUCCUCAGCACUAUUAGACGGAUCGGACUUUUCAACGGUCGCGCAGACAGGGUUAAGGUGAUUUUACACCCAGAGUUUCUGUCUUCGACCAGCCCCUUGCUACCCAUGGAUUAUGAAGAGUUUGUGCGAGGUUGUCAUCUUGGAGUAUUCCCAUCUUACUAUGAACCCUGGGGUUAUACUCCAGCCGAAUGCACCGUGAUGGGCAUCCCCAGUGUGACCACAAACCUCUCUGGCUUUGGCUGCUUCAUGCAGGAGCACGUGGCUGACCCGACUGCUUACGGUAUUUACAUCGUGGACAGGCGGUUCUGCUCUCCAGAUGAUUCGUGCAAUCAGCUGACACAGUUUCUCUACAGAUUUUGCAAACAGUCACGCCGCCAGAGAAUUAUCCAGAGGAACCGAACCGAGAGGCUUUCAGAUCUUCUGGAUUGGAGAUAUUUAGGCAGAUAUUACCAGCAUGCCAGGCACCUGACAUUAAGCAGAGCUUUUCCAGAAAUUUUCCACAUGGAACCCAUAUCACCACCAGCAACUGAGGGAUUUAAAUACCCCAGGCCUUCCUCAGUGCCCCCUUCUCCUCUGGGGUCUCAGGCCUCCAGUCCUCAGAGCAGUGACGUGGAAGACGAGGAUGAGGAUGAGAGAUACAACGAAGAGGAGGAGGCCGAAAGGGACCGGUUAAACAUCAAGUCGCCACUUUCUCUGAGCCACGUUCCUCAUGGGAAGAAAAAGCUGCACGGUGAAUACAAGAACUGAACUCCACAGCUGUUCAGCAGAGGCUAAUUUAGCCAGAACAAAGGAAGAAUGGGUCCUCAAGAGAGCCAAAAUGCCAGAAAUUUUAUUUUCUUCUAUGUGUUACAAAGGAGUUUGUUCUCUGCUUAAGAAGUAGAGGAGAUUCAGUGAAACCAAAUUAUCAUUCCAUCCCCUAUUUUCUGGACAUGAAAAUUUGGACAUGAGCAGGGCUGUUAAAGUAGCACCAUGGUUAAUUUAAGCAGAUUUUUUUUUCUCUACUGGUUUUAUCUUAAAAAUUUUCAGCAUCGUGGCUCUUUGCCUAGGAUUUAGUUUUUAUAACCUACCAAAGAAGUCUCUAUUCUCCCCCAGGAAUCCUGAUCUUGGCUUUGAAUGUACAUUACUUACCUACUUUAAGUAAUUAAAUCUCUGCUGACCACAUUUGCACAUGACCAAAGUUAUGAGUUUUCAUUUUGCAUUGUAGAGAAUCAAAAUCCACAAGAAAAUACCUAUUCUCAAUCAAGAUCUUGAAGUCUGUGACUCAUUUAUCACAUCACUCCUAAAAUCUAGAAUUCAUGUUCAAAUAAUGACAGAAAAGUGUUAUCUAAACUGUUCCAGCUUACUGCCGUGAUUUUUCUAUUAUUUAAAUGGAAAACUCUUGUGAAAAUUUGAUCAUUCUUCCACAGAUGAUAAUUUGUUAGAUCCACGUAAAUGAAUACUACAGCGAUAUUUAAAGGUUAAGCUUUCAUUGAUAGUGUUUAUAAAAACUGUUUGACAUUAAAAUGUAUAAAAAAAAAUGACAGUGUAGAGUGUCUAAUAAAAGACAACACCAAAAAUUAGCAAAAGGAAAAAAAUCUACUUAACUGUAAUGUUGUAACACAUUCUGUGAUGUGCUUAGAGUUAUAGUUGAAUGGUGAUUAUAAUUAGCUACGUUUAUAGUUUAAAUGUAAUUAAAUGUAAAUGGCAAAAA